UAAUUUUAACUUUUUAAUAUUUUAAUGCAAUUUGUGAUCUCUUAAUUAUUAAUUUGUACAUGGAAGCGGACUGUGUGACGCAUUUUUCGGCAAUACAUGUACACCCAUCCGACCUGAAUGAAUCAGCAGAUUUAAAGGGAAUACGAAAUUCCGUCAACCGUGUACAGUUAUAAAGCUUCUAUUAUGGCGAGCUCUUUCAUAAGUUGCCAUGGCCUUUUUUUUCUAGACUGUCAAUAGAAAGGGACUGUAAAUACAGAACAGAAGCGCUCAAUUCUUCAGUGGGGGAAAUGCUGUUACAUCACGGUACAAGAACAGUGUGGUCUAAAUCAACAAAAUGGCUGAUAAUGAUUUCAAAACAUCUGGGGAAGUGGCAACAAUUCAGCCGACAUUUGAAGGGGAAGGCACCCAUACACAAGGCGAGGAUACAGCAAAUAAACACACAUCUACGGAGCCCACAGCUGUAACAGUUCAUCGGGGCAUGGAGGUAGAGCCACAGCCGCCAAAUCGAGGUUCCAGGAAACAAAAUCGAGGCUCUGUUGAUGGGGGAAUCAGAGCGUGGGUGAUUGUAAUGGCGGCCUCCAUCAUGCACUCGAUAAUCGCUGGAUUCGUCUUAGCUCAAGGUGUUCUGUACGUCGAGUGGCAGGAGGAGUUCUCCGUAGGGGCGGCUCGUGUUAGCUGGAUAGGAUCGGCGAUCCUUCUUGCAGCAUUAUGCGUUGGCGGACCCAUAGCUGGAGCCUUGUCAAAAAGAGUUAGUUGUCGAGCUUUGGUCAUUGCUGGGGGCGCCCUCAGUUGCCUGUCCACCUCCAUGGUCAUAUUGACGGCGUCAUUGACUCAACUGAUUUGUGUAUUGUUUGUUGCAGGUAUUGGACUGGGAAUAGCUUACCUUCCAACCACCUUCAUCAUCAAAUACAACUUUAAAAAACGACUGGCGCUUGCAUAUGGAGUAACAUUUGCUGGCAUUGGGAUAGGAAGCACAGCCAUGCCACCGCUUAUGGAGUUUCUUGCCGAAUCUUAUGGUUGGAGGGGAGCUAUGCUGAUCCUGUCUGCAGUUAUUGGUAAUCUUUGUGUCUUGGGGAUGCUAUUUAAGCCAAAUAAUAGAGAGCUGAAGCAAAUAACUGUCAGUAAAAGAAAAGAGAAAAUAGAGUCCAACAAGUUCCAACCACAUGAGUCACAGGACGAAGUCGAUUUUGCCAGGAACUGUGCUGAUCCCACCGCUGCAACCAUUAAUUCAACUUUAGACUCAAAUAUUGCACUCGAAGAAUCCAACAGAGACGUAGAUGGGAAUUAUAUUGAUUCAAAGGAUGCUACAAACCCCAAAGAAUCGGGCGAGCAUUACAACCAAGGAUUAGAUCUUUCUCCUGAGACUAUCACUUCUCUUCAAAGCAGUUCCCAUGAAGAUCACCUGCCUUCGCAGCCAUGCCAUCAAGUCGAUCCCACCGCUGACACCAAAAACCCAAAACCCUCAUCCAAGCAUUUCACGUGUACUGCUUUGCUGAAAAAUAUCGCGAAAGCCUAUUGUCUCGAUCUGUUCUUGACUAACUUUCGAUUCUUAGGAGUCUGUUUGGUGUACCUCACAAUGGGUUUAUCUUAUUAUGCUGCUAUUGUCUUCAUAGUACCCCGAGCGAUCAGCAUUGGUAUCCCUCAAAUCCAGGCGGUCAUAAUACCCUCAGUUAACGGGAUAUGCUCCGCGAUUGGCCGGCUAUUCAACGGACCAUUUGUCGAUGCCAAGAUAAUCUCACCAAUCAAACUGUGUACAUUUGCCAUGUUGGGGAACAUGCUGAGUUGCUUCUUCUGCCCACUAACUCAGUCCUUUGCUACGAUGUGUAUUUUUGCCGCCGCUCUUGGACUCAGUAAUGGGCUUUACAGUCCCCUAAUGGCCGUGCUUACAACGAGCUACGUUGGGACAGACAGAAUUGGCGGUGCAUUAAGUUUGGGUCAAUUCUUCUUGGGAAUAGGAGGCUUUGCUGGAGCUAUGCUCGUGGGUGGAUUGUAUGACAUUACCGGUAGCUAUGACGCAUCUUACUUCACCGCUGGUGCUGUGUCUGCUGUUGCUUUCCUCAUAUUACUCGUUGAACCUCUUCUGCUGCGUCUUCAAGUCCGGGUUGAGAUAUGGAGAGGCGUCAAGGGGCAUUAACUUUUUAUUGAAUCGGAGUUGAGAGAUUACAAAGAUAGUGUAAGCCAAGAUGGCGUCAUUGUUCUACUUUGGUCCACAAAAUAGUGAUAUUAUUAGUCAGCCACUCUAAUCAAUCUCCAUGGUGGAACAGUCAUGCGCAUGUCUCAUCCUCUGAUCACCCAAGCCACACUUGUCAUGGGAAGACAUUGGGACGCAAGGUGGCAGCAGAUCUACCAGGUAAAUUGCUUCGAUCUCUAUUAUAGAUCAGUGGUAAUUUCUGUCAAUGUUCACGUGAGUUCUGAGCAUAAUGUUUUACGUGGUAAGUCUGCUGCCACCAAGCGUCACAAAAGUCCCCCAUUACUAAGUCUUGAUUGAUGGAUGGACGUUCAUUUUGUUUUAAACAAACAUUUCUGGAGAUGAGAGAGUACUGCCGUUCGAUCAAGAUUGAUAGACUUGCCCAGUCCCUCCGAGUUGUCCUCUAAAACAUUCGAUGUUGCGCCCUCUACCGGUGGUUCACUUUGUUCUGCUUCCUCUUAAUUCAUAUUUUAUAUGUAUCCAUCUCCAAUAAACUUUGUGGAAAGAUUUGCUGCAGGACACCAUGCUGUAUUUCCCUAAUAACAAUUUUGAUGCUGUAUCAUACUAUUUUGUACUAAUACAGGUUUUUUUUCUGAGGGCCUCGUAAAGAGCGCCGGUCGCUCAUCGGGGUUUACCCUCAUUAAAGAUGAUGUUAAAAAAUACAUAUAUAUAAUUUUUACAAAAACUUCCUUAGUUUCGACCUUUGAUUAUUCUGUCUGUUGUCUCGUACUUGAAGACAGAGCCUCUGGUUGGAAUUUCGUUUGAUAGCGCCCUCUUUUGACUUAUCUUCCUUCGGGAGAGGACACAAAAUAAAAUACAUGUGUCCCCAUGAACACCAGUAAAUAAUUGAUUAACAUGAGCGGAAGGAACUUGAUCAAAAUACAAAAUUAUCAGACGAAAUGUCUACACAAUUUUCGCCAUUUGGGGGGAGGGAGAACCAUAUUCAGAGAAUAGAUCCUGUUACGCUAGAACAAACAUUUUUAUUGUGCUUUUAUAAUGUUUGCACCGGUACCUCAACUCGUUCCUUGAGAAUAAUAUAGCUUGUCCUUACAACUUAAAAUAUAUUUAGUAGGAUUUGAAACUUUGCAUGGUGGAAAUACGAUUGCGGUAACACCAUGUAAUGACUAUCUCUAAUGAG